AGAAAUCUGAUGGGCAUGAUCCAGUGUGACGACACUAAUCCCGACACUACAAAUCAUAGGGCCCGGCGGUCCUGCUCCACACAGACUCCUGUGACUCUCGACAGCGCCCAGCCUCCUCCCUCCCCAGGUAAGGCUCAAUCUCCCCGAUCUGGGAGCCUCCGGUGUGGGGUACCCACUGUGACCCAUCUCCCUCACACCCAGGGGGGUGGUGCAUUCCAAAUCCUGCUGGGGGUUUGGCAGUUCUGAUGGACCCAGUGGAGUGUUGCUGGAUUGGAGCCCAAAUUAGGAAGUUUCUUUGCUCAGAGGAAGGAGUGAAAAAUGAUUGGUAUUUUAUUAAAUAUUUCUCCCAUGUUUUACAAGGCAGUGCAUUGCCUUGUAUGCUGGUUUGGUUGUUGAACGCUGGGGGUUAAAUCUGAGAAACAGGAGAGAUUUGAAUACUUUGUGGUUGAUAGAGCAUAUGUGGACAGGUGGAAUGUUUCAGCUUCCUUGUUGUGCCUUGUGUAGGACUUGGGAAUCCACUGCCUGUAGCUCUGACUAUCAUUGCAUCCGAGUCCAUUGCUUUCAGAGCUUUGGUCGCAGACCUCUCUAGCUGACUCAAUCAGAAAUUGAGGGAAGCUUUGACUGCAUGUGUAGCUCUUGAUGAUUUUGAUGGUAGCUCUGGUAAUCUGAAUGCACUAGAUGAUUUGCACAGCUUUUCUGAAUUGAGUGGCUAACCCAUACCUGACCCUGUCCAUACAACAAAUGUGCUAUUGUGUCAGUGAUAUUAUGAUCGAGUCUGGUGUUUUUAUUUGAUACAGCCUGCUAUAUAAAGAACACAGAUAAUCAUAAACCGUGUAGUUAAUCAGAUAAUGGACUGGUAUAAAUGUCUUCACUGUUCAAACACAGAAUUAGAAAUGUUGGCAGCUGGACCAAUCCAUGUACUGUAUUUCAGGGAAUUUACCCUGACAAUACCCUGAAAUGGAAGUAACCUAAACAUAGAACGCGAAUGAGACAAAUAAGGUGCACGAUCUGAAGUGUUACAAAUGCUAGGGGGGUUAAGAUGGAGGGAGUUUAAACCUGGAGCACAAUAAGUUCAUUGUUUAUUUUGAUGUUUUCCUGGAAUACAAUCCGUUCUCCAAUUGUGAAUAAUCAAAUCUCUCUUAUUUUCCAGUGGGUACAAAGCUGCUCUAAACAACUAAAGAAAUGGCUGUCGUCGUAAGUACCUCUAAGCUCCUCUCUUUGUAUGCAACAGGCAUAGAUGCUGCACUGUAAUUAUUCAAACCAUUCAGUGGUGUUUGUAUUGCAGAUCAAUGUCAAAAGUAACAAGUCUGGGGAAUGAUGAAUGUAGAGACAUGCUAAGCCUGAGAGUCAGUUCUGAGAUGUUCAGAAAAUGUUCAGUUCAGGUGCUUAAUUUUCAUCCAUUGAAGAGCAGAAACAGAAUGCAUCAUGUUCCUUCGGAGGAUGCAAUCCACAAUAGAUAAUCUUAUUGUGUUAUUGUUAUGUUCUUCCUUCACUUCCCACAUUAUGGUUACUUAAACAGCAUAAAUAGAAUGUCACUCAAUAUGGCCGCCAGACAGUCCACCCAUCAGGGAACGUUGACUUUAAAUGGGGAUGGCCAACCUAUAUAAUCUAUUUCUAUGACUCAAGUCAUAACUUCCUGUGCCAUGGACAAUGGCAGCUCAACAUUUCUCAGGCACAUUAGUGCUGGAUGCUGUCAAUCGCUUUCAUUAACCCCUAAUCAGAUCUCAGCCCAGGUUUACCAGACUUUACUGCGCUCAUGUGAGGGAGAUUAGCCAAUGCUAACACUAAAGCCCAUUGAUAGAGGCCUCCUUUUGGAUUGUAUAUGGGCGUACGUCGUGGAUUAAACCUCAUUCGCAAGGUAGCUCUUUGGUGUUUUUGUUGGCAAGUCAUGGUUAUGUCAUCAGCCACCCUCUCUACCCAGAGUGGAACGUUCCGUAUGGUGUCGGAGGAAGAGCAGGCUCUCAGGGCCAAGCUGGAGCGCCUCACGGUCAAGGACCACGGUCCCGUGUUCGGACCCUGCGCCAAGCUGCCUGACCACACCGUGCAGAAGGUCUGCGGUCACUCUCUCACAAACCUCACACUGUAGAUUCACUUCACAUCAUAAGCCCUACCACAAACUCAAGUAAAACCACAAAUCAUGUGUGUUGAGAGUUCAACUGGAGUCCAGACUACCUGUACAAACUCCUUCUCUGGUCUCAAAAACAAGAACACUUCAUUGUAAAUUCCAAGAACAAGCAUGACAUCAUACUGUGUUGAUGCCACAUGCACAUAUAGCACUAUCAUCUGAAAAAAGAUGGAUGCUCUCCAGUUCUGAGGUUGUAGACCUCAUCUGAGGUUGACUGACUGAUGCUUUGUUGGUUCCCUACAGGCCAAGGAUGAGCUGAACGAGACAGACGAGAAGCGGGUGUUGGCAGUCAAGGAGCUGAGGGGAAUAAUCAAGGAAAAGGCAGAGGCUGAGGACGACCUGGCCAAAGGGGUGCUGGAAACCUUCGGAGAGAAGCCUGACGGCAUGCUGGUCCGCUUCAUCCGCGCCAGGAAAUACGACGUGCCAAGAGCCUUCGACCUAAUGAAGGGUGGGUUCUCUCAAACUACUGUCCUGUAUGUCAGUGAAGCUUAGUGAGCAAGUUCUGUCUAUUUCAUUCAAGCUGAUGUGAUGUGUUAAAAAUGCUUUAUCUUUCGAUGACAGGCAGCUAUAGCCUGGUCCCAAAUAUGUUGCUAUAUUGCCAAGUACUGUUGGAGUUGGCAAGAGAGCACAAACAGAUUUGGGACCAGGCUAAGGAAGCUACGCUAUGGUGCACAUGAUCAUUUUGAAUCUGGCAUUGGAAUGAAAUGUAGUUUGAUUAAACCUAACCAAGCAACAACAUACGCGUCUGUUGAAGUUCCUGUCUGCUUAACUCCUAACUUGGCCAGAGUCUAUUUGAUAUUGAUGAUCCUGCGUCUGCGUUCAGGUUACGUGCGCUUCAGGAGGGACUACCCAGAGCUGUUCGAGAACCUGACCCCCGAGGCUGUCCGCAGCACCAUCGAGGCCGGCUACCCAGGCAUCCUGUCCAGCAGAGACAAGUAUGGCCGCAUCGUGCUUCUCUUCAACAUCGAGAACUGGGACUACGAAGAGAUCACCUUCGACGAGGUGACUUCCGGGGACCUGGGUCCCCACAAUGUUACAUUUGAGAUACAUUGGUGGUCCCCAAAAGGCACUAAAAACAUGACAGAACCAACGUUUUCAUAGAUAUACAGUAAUAGUUGUCAAAUGGGAGUUAUUGAUAAUUGAAAUCAUGUGGGCAAGCCCUUGAUAAUAAUCAUUUGAAUUGGAUCAUGAGAUAUGUGGUUAUCAAGGGCUUCUGUCACAUUCACUAGAGGAGAACGUACUCAAAAAAAUUUAAAAUUAAAUACAAAUCUGUGUGUAGACAGGUAAAAAAGGGUGAUUGGAACCAAAAAUAAAUCACUUAAAAAUGAAAAAAGGGCCAGCUCUCACUUGAUUAUGAUUUGCAAUAAUAGAAGCUUAGUUUUAAUUCUCUUUCAUAGUAAUAUUACUUAACAGACCACACACUGGCCGAAACGUAUGCCAGUGUGGUCUAUUGAGUCAUGUUGCUAUGAAAGAAAAUUAAAACUAAAGCUCCUAUUAUUGCAAUCAUAAUCAAGUGAGUGCUGGCCCUUUUCUCAUUCCUCUGCCAUGUUGACAACAAAGGUGUCAACAGGUAUGUGCUUCAAAUGUGUGUGUGUGUCUGUGCACAUGUGACUGUGUGUGUGUGUGUGUGUGUGUGUGUGACUGUGUGUAUAUAUAUGUUCAUCAGAUCCUGCGUGCCUACUGUGUAAUCCUGGAGAGCCUGCUGGAGAAUGAGGAGACUCAGAUCAACGGUUUCUGCAUCAUUGAGAACUUCAAGGGCUUCACCAUGCAGCAGGCCUCUGGCAUCAAACCCACUGAGCUCAAGAAGAUGGUGGACAUGUUGCAGGUCACUUUUACACACAUUCCAAAGGAAUAGUAAACAGCACAUUACCUUAGGAUACAAAAAUAAUUGAUUUUACAUUUUCGGUUAUCGUCCCAGCUCUAAAUCAGACCAUCUGUUUCACCUACAUGUGCUGAACUCUUUAUGGCAUAGCUCAACAAUUCUAGUUUCCCUUUCCGUUACUCGUACAAUGAGGAUGCUUAUUUAUGAACAUAGUUGUGGUGAGAUCUGUAACAAAUUGGACCUCUGUUCCUCUUGUGUGUAUCAGGACUCCUUCCCUGCCCGUUUCAAGGCGGUCCACUUCAUCCACCAACCCUGGUACUUCACCACCACCUACAACGUGGUCAAGCCCCUCAUGAAGGGCAAGCUGCUUGAGAGAGUGAGUGAAACAGGCCCUGAGAAAGAACAUGAAAGAAUGAAUGAAACCUUUUUAGUGAGAGAGGUUGGUGGGAAAGUAGUGGGAAAAACUUGGGCUUUUAUGGGGAAAAUGUCUGAAGUAACAUGAUAAAACUAUAUGAAUCAACAAAUAAUGAAGGUGAAUGGGUUCUUUAUCAACGUGUAAUAUAUAGUUAACAGUAAAUACAUUAAUACAAUAACGAAAAAUACACUCAGUUGCCAGUUUAUUAGGUACACCACCCUGUUCAUGAAAAUGGUUUGCUCCUACAGACAGUGAGUCACGUGGCCGUGGCUUGCUAUAUAAAGCAGGCAGACAGGCAUCCAGUUACUGUUCGAUUGAACGUUGGGCAAAACGAGUGACCUAAGCGACUUUGAGCGUGGUAUUAUCAUCAGUGACAGGUUCCAGUAUCUCAGAAAAUCCUGGCCUCCUGGGUGUUUAACACACGACAGUGUCUAGGGUUUACCGAGAAUGGUACGACAAAUAAAAAACAUCAGUGGCAGUCCUGUGGGUGAAAACAGCUCGUUGAUGAGAGGUCGAAGGAAAAUGGCAAUAAUCGUGCGAGCUAACAGGUGGGCCACAAACUGGGCUGUUGCAGCAGACGACCACACCAGGUUCCACUACGAUCAGCUAAAAACAAGAAGAAGCGGCUCCAGUGGGCACACGAUCACCAACACUGGACAAUUGAAGAGCGGAAAAACGGCGCCUGGUCCGACGAAUCCCAGUUCCUGUUGAGUCAUGCUUAUGGCAGAGUCAGGAUUUGGCGUAAUCAGCAUGAGUCCAUGGCCCCAUCCUGCCUGGUGUCAACGGUACAGGCUGGUGGCGGUGGUGUGGGGAAUGUUGGCACACAUUAGGUCCCUUGAAACCAAUUAAGCAACGUCUCCAUGCCCCGAAGAAUUCAGGGUACUAGAUGGGUACUAGAUGGGUGCACCUAAUAAACUGGCCACUGAGUGUAUAUGGUGAGAAAUGUUUAGUUCAUAGGUUUGUCUGUCUACCAAAUCAGGUGUUUGUCCACGGAGACGAGCUGGACAACUACUACAAGGAGUUUGAUGCGGACAUCCUGCCCUCCGAGUUCGAGGGCAAGAACUCCAAGUACGACGGCAAAGCCAUAGCAGCCAAGCUGUUCGACUGA